AGCAAAAAAUCUGAACAGAGAUUGGUUGUGGAAUGGAAUUAGGAAAGGAAGUGAAAAUGGGAGACACGGUCGAAGAAAAACCAAAUUUCUCAGAGGAUCCUCCAAAUCCAAAUCCAAAUCCAGAAUCAGAAAGUGAAACCCUAAUCUUCAAUAACAAUAAUAAUCACAGAGAAUUAUUGAAAGCCAUUGAAGUUGUAGAACGAGAUUCCUUCGCCAUUGCUCAGAGCUUCACUUCCGUCUUCGCUUCCCUCCGUUUAUCCCUCUCUCAAUCAACCGACACCUCUCUCCAUCACAUUCAAUGCUUCACCGACGCCGCCGGUCACCUUCAAGAAUCCGUUCUUGAUGCAGCAACCAAGGGGAAUCGCUAUAUAAAUUCGUGUCUCAAAUUGAAUGAGGAAAUGAAGAGCAUUGAUAGUCUAGCAUCUCAACUGAAAAUCCUGAGAAGGCAUGUAGAUGUUCUGGACUCAGCGGUUAACAAGCUUCUUCAUGUUUCUUGACACCUCGGAUUCAGUCUUGUACAAGGUUACUAAUCCACUCCAGUAGAUGAGUUUAUGAAAAGUGCGGUGACGUAUAGACUGAGGCUCCGAGAUUCGUUGACAUUAGUGUUAGCCUUGUCGAGGGAUAUUCUCCAUUUAAGAGUGUUGUGAAUAAAAUCGAUGAUAAGGACGUGAGAAAAAAUCAUCAUAUUAUAACUUUGAAUUUUCUAGGUGUGUGGUUGAUGUCAUUUUCUCAUAUCAAUUUUAUGAAUUUUUCUAGGUUGAA